AUGGUCAGCGCUACGCCAGCCCAGAAGGUCAAUGGCAAGGAGCCGAUGAAUAAUUAUACCCUCGGAGACUGCCUCGGCAAAGGCGCCUAUGCGUCCGUCUACCGUGCUCUCAACUGGAACACCGGCGAAGCUGUCGCCGUCAAACGGAUCAAGCUCUCGGACGUGCCUAAAAAAGGUGACGUCGACACCAUCAUGAUGGAAAUUGACCUGCUCAAAAACCUCAACCAUCCAAACAUCGUCAAGUAUCACGGCUUUGUCAAGACCCAGGAUACCCUCAACAUCAUCUUAGAGUACUGCGAAAACGGCUCAUUACACUCCAUCUGCCGCAAGUUUGGCAAGUUCCCCGAAAACCUCGUGGCUGUCUACAUGUACCAGGUGCUCAAGGGUCUGGCAUACUUGCACGAGCAGGGAGUGAUUCAUAGAGAUAUCAAGGGUGCCAAUAUUUUGACCACUAAAGAUGGAAACUCGAAGCUGGCUGAUUUUGGAGUCGCAACAACAACCAUACUCGCUACCGGAUCUGUGGAAAACGGAGUGGCAGGUACACCCAACUGGAUGGCCCCUGAGAUCAUUGAGCUCAAUGGUGCUACCACAGCCUCGGAUAUCUGGUCUGUGGGAUGUACUGUGAUUGAGCUGCUCACAGGCAAACCCCCCUACCACAACCUAGGCCAAAUGCCAGCCAUGUUUGCUAUUGUCAACGACGAUCAUCCUGCAUUUCCAGAAGGAGCGUCUCCUGCAGCUCUCGACUUUCUCGGACAGUGUUUCCAAAAAGACCCCAAUCUGCGAGUGACGGCCAAAAAGCUGCUGCGACAUCCGUGGUUAGCUGAAGCGAGGACCGAUAGCGAACGCAAACACGUCAGUGGGCCUCCCAAGCGAUAUGAUGAGGUUGUAAAAUCCGUGGAGCAGUUCAAUCAAGCAGUCGAAGAGACUCCACGAACACCCCAUCGUACUCAGGACGACAUUUACGCUUCAAUUCGCAAGUUUUCGCGCCAAAAACAGAACGAGAUCACGUCCUCGGGCCAUAUCGAGAGUUGGGACGACGAGUUUGUGGGCGAGCUAAACCCCCGAUCUCCACAUAUCAUAAUUACCAAGCGAGAAAUCACUCCUCCAGGUUCUUCAACUUCUUCCAAACCAAUUCCCUCCAUCACCAGUGCCUUGAACAAGGCUUCUAGAGGCAGUGUCUCCAAUAAACUGCCGAGCAUCAGCAAAGCCACGCGCCUAGAUCCAAAGACCCCUGUGCAUUCAAGAAUUCCGAUUGAGAACUCGCCUUUUCGGGACGUGGAGGAUGACGAUGCGUUUGCGGACGGCUUCAAUGUGGCCGAUAUUUCCACAGACGACCUGAAAAAGAGGUUUAACAGCAGACAAAAGCCUACUGCCGCAGAGGACAAGUCUACAGAUUACGCCACGAUCAAGCUGAAGCAGUUCUGUGAGGAGGGAGAGGAUGAAGAUGACUAUACCAGUAUGCUUGGAGAUAUGGUAGAUUUGACAGUAGGUGCUACUCCCAAGUCACAAAAUGCGUACCCGGCGUCGUUUUCGUCUUCGGACAAAUCCCAUCAUUCGGACGACGAAGAUCCAUUUGCUGCUCUUGAGAAUGAAACGAGAUUCUCUCCAGAAGACAUUGAACAGAACAUUGCACGUGAUAAGCUUGCUACGGCGAUGCGCACGGCUGAGCAGCAUGUUGGAAGACUCAACAGGGUGCAACUGACGACUUCCGAAGUCCAGGAUAUUGUCCCUUCUCUUAUUGACCUGUUGCAGCAGCAUCCUGAGACAAAGAAGACAGUGGUCAAGUGUCACAUAGUACUGCCUUUGCUGGAGCUUCUGGAGCGGUUUCAGACCAACGAGGCGGUUGUUUGCGGUGUCCUAUGCAUUUUGGUGCUUCUUAUUGAUGAUGAUGAAGCUGUUCUUGAGAGCUUGUGUUUCUCAGGAGGUAUCCCAAUCGUCACAAUGUUUUCUACCACUCGAUACCAGUCUGAAACUCGUAUUCAGAGUGUAGCCAUUGUUGAUAGACUCUGCAGAGGCUCCAAACUGGCUCUCCAGAUGUUUGUUUCUUGUGGAGGUCUCAACAUGCUGUCGCAGUUGAUUGAGGAGGACUUUGGUUUGCAUCGUGAGUUUGUAUUUGUGGGAAUCUACGGCGUGGCCAAGGUGUUCGAGGUGCAGGGGAGCGGUAUGCGAAACGACUUUUGUCGAAUCCUUUCCCGUUCUUUCAUUCUCGACUCUCUGGUGGCUAUUCUGAGACAGCUGGUAGACGACUAUGAACCCGAUGAGUACCCCACAGACACCUCUGGAUACUCGGACACGGACUACAUCAACAAGAUUAUGAGCAUUCUGACCAUAUUCUCGCAGACAGAGCCUCAUGUCAAAGAGACUAUUGCUUCUCGAGCUGUGUUCAAGGGGCUCUUCAAGUGCUACAAACGUCUACCGACACAUCACCGAGUCACCAUGCUCAAGUUCAUCAAGAGUGUUAGUGCCGUUCACACCGCCCUUGAGACCAUGCAAAACUCCAACGUCAUUGAGUACCUUGUGGACUGUCUCAAGGACUGCACCAAUAUGGCCAACCAGCAUUCCCGAGACCUGUCAAUCCAGAUCUACCACACUCUCUUCAAUCUGUGUCGAUUAUCCCCUCACAGACAAGACGAGGCUGCCGAGUGUGGGGCUGCCCCAUAUCUUCAGGCAGCAGCUCUUUCUUCUUUGCCCGUCAAGGACUUUGCUCUUCCUCUUUUGUGUGACAUGGCUCACUCUUCCAAGGCAACUCGCAAGAUUCUGUGGCGCCACGAUGUGCUCACAACAUAUCUGCGUCUACUUCCGGACCCUUACUACCAGGUCAACGCCAUGGAUUCUAUCAUUGUGUGGUUCGACGAUGAAACAGCUCGUGUGGAGGAACGUCUAAUUCGAAACACCUCUCUCGACCUCAUCACUCACUCCUUCUCGAACAACUCCAGAUCCACGGCCUUUGAGCAGUACAUGGACCUGUUCCACAAGUUGUUGCGGCUGAGUCAGCGUGUCGCUGUGGCUCUCACUGGGCCUAUUCUGAUCGGUUUCCUGUCGUCCAAGCUGGAAUCCAGCAAGCCUAGAAUCCGGCUGACAGUGCUCAAGAUCAUCAGAACCCUCGUUGAAGCUAACGGAGACGAUUACAGCUUCCUGGAGAAGCACGAUUUGGCCAAGCAAAUCGCUUACCUUGCAGCAAACGAGAAGUCUGUUCUCGCUAGAGGUCUAGCCAAGGAAAUGGCUGAGGGCAAGAAGACGAAGUCACGAGAUACAAUUACAGACAUGCCUGCUCCACCAGUCAAGAGAUACGAUCCUAUUCCCACUCCGAGCAAGAGAGUGGCUUCGGAUUAUAGACCGGCGGUGAAGCAUCAGGUGGGAAACAGUAGCUCGUUUCUCUAG